AUGCUACUCUUUGAUUAUCUUAGUAUCGAUGAAGCUUUGGCGCGCUCCGAGCGUAUUUCUGUUCGUACGAGGAUGGAAAUACACGCCCUGGGGCUACUAGACACAACGAAUGCAUCCCAGGAGUUGCAAAAAGGCGCGACCGUCUAUGUGCCUCUUUGGUUCGCAGAUAGACUUCUUGAGCCAAAUUUUAUCACAGUUCGUACAUCGGGAAUGGUAACGCAGGAGAAAGAGCUUGAGAUGAUAACAGAGCCGUACAGCGUGUCGAGUGCAGCCUAUUAUAAAUACACUCGCAACGCUUUCGAGAGCGCUGCUCUUCAUUGCUGUCUUAUUAAGCGUGCCGCAUUUGCCAGCAGCGACUUCAGGCGAAGCUAUUUCAACAAUUUAAAGAAACUCAUGUCGCGGCGCUUUCGCCUCAUCUGCUCCAGGAAAGCAUCGGAUCUCUCUGUACUUCACCGCACCCCUCUCACAACUUGGGAGAAGGAACUGUAUAAACAUGAAUGCUUUUUCCGCCGCCGAUGUGAAAGGUUCAGACGAAAUAGGCGCGGAAACACAUACUCACUCAAGCUAGACCUUCUCUAG